UGAAAAAUUUGAAAUUAUCAAGCACUAUAUCAUCUCUCUCUUUCAUGUUCUGUGUAUCUCUCUGAUUCUGUCUCUCUCGGUUGUGCUUGCUCGAAGAGCUUCUGAGGGCAAGCUUCUCCAUCCAUGGAUGCAUCAUCUCGGAUCGACAUCUUUGAGAUUUAUCGAAGAUACUGUGACAUAAGAUCAGGACAUGCAUAUGUUGUUGGGGAAGAAGGUUACAGGCAACACAGUGACUUUCACAAGGCUAAGGUCUCCAGGGAGGCACUGACUCAGCUCUCAAAAUUGGUGGAGUCCAGAGUUAGUACAGGGGUAACAAUUUUUGAUGAACUUUCAAUGCUCAUGUCACGGCUUGACUUGAUGGUGGACUUUUCAGCGUUCUCCCGGUUCUAUGAGUUUGUAUUCUUUAUGUGUCGCGAAAAUGGUCAGAAGAACAUCACUGUUAGCAGGGCAGUAACUGCAUGGAAAUUAGUUCUUGCUGGGCGGUUUCCACUGCUUCAUCAAUGGUGUGAAUUUGUUGAGAAAAAUCAACGAUACAACAUCUCGGAGGAUACCUGGCAGCAGGUUCUAGCUUUCACCUGGUGCACACGCGAUAAUCUGGAAGCCUAUGAUCCUGAAGGUGCUUGGCCUGUUUUAAUAGAUGAUUUUGUCGAGCAUAUGUACAGGAUACAAGGAUCAUAUUAUGAUUAUUCCAACUUUCGCUGCAACUGUGGUGAUACAGAAUCCCAGUCAUGUGUUCUUGAGGAUCCACUUCCUGGACUGAGAAGUGUUUCUGUUCUCAAGAGGAAGUUACCUGAGGAGACAUCAAACAAUGAUAUGGAGCACUCUAGUGCAUCUGAUGAGUUGAUUUCUUCAAAUUGCAAGAGAAGUAGAGCUCAUGGGGCAGUAGAUUGGGAGGACCAUGAUCCACUAGGGAACACAUCAGAGGACUGCAUGGAAACUAGCAGGCAAAAUAGCCCCUUGUGUUCAUCCAAGUCCCAAUGUGCAGUUGAAGGUUGUCUUUCAAAGGGGUUUGCAGGGCUGCUCUCAACUCGGUCCUUUGUGCAGUUUGGUAGAGAGAGGAGGGCUUCCUUUAGAUGAAGGAUCUGUCAUAGUAAAGGUAUACAAAUUUCUUGUUAGUUGGUCUGUUGGUGAAUGGGCUAUAACUAUGUAAUUCUAGUUUCUCAUUUUUUUGUGGCAUUGUAAUAUUUUGUUGGUGAGUGCUAAUUAACUAUCCAUUGCUAUUUUGAUAAAAUCAAUAAAUGUAUUUUACUGUUUC